GAAAGAAAUAUAAGGAAAAUUAAUUUUUAAAAAUGUAUGCUGCUAUAGCGCUAAUGGACGCCGAGGAAUCCGAAGAAAGGGAAAGGCGGAUACAGAGGAGGAGAUUGCGAGACCACACCAAUGUAAUGGAACUACCUGAGACUGAAUUUGUUGCAAAUUUCCGAAUCAAUAAAGAAAUAUUCCAAUACAUAUUAAACGAAUUAAAAGAGCACAUGGCUCCAUCACAUAGAAGCACCCACCUAUCGCACCAGCUAAAACUCGCUACUUUUUUAAGAUUUCUCGCCACUGGCAGUUACCAAAAAUCUGUUGGUAACGAAAAUAUUUCGUCGAUGGGGCAGUCAACUGCAGCCAACGUGAUCAGAGAAUGCCUAAAUAUUUUUGAGGACCAUUUUUGCCAGAAAUGGGUGAAUUUUAGGAGAAACAUCGAUGAGGAAAAUGCAGUUAAAGAAUAUUUCUUUGAGAAAUACGGGAUACCUGGGGUUAUUGGUUGUGUUGAUGGAACACAUGUUCGUAUUAAGUCGCCCGGAAGUGACAACCACCAUUUAUACCUCAAACGAAAGGGUUUUUACAGUAUUAAUGUAAUGGCGAUAUGCGAUCACAACAUGGUAAUCACAUUUGUUGACGCUAGGCAUCCAGGGGCGAAUCAUGAUUCAUUUGUUUGGAAUGUGAGUCACGCAGAACAGGAGCUAAAAUCUGAUUAUAACAAUGGAAAAACCAACACAUGGCUACUCGGUGAUUCUGGUUACCCCUUGCAGCUUACAACACAAAGCACUCGAAAGCUCGUAAUGUAA